AGUUAUGAAUAUCAUUAGUUAGCUAGACACAAACACAACUUUACACAAAAUGUCCAGUGCAGGAAAGAAGAAAGAGCUGGUCAUUGCUAGGAAGAUCGAGAAUGUUUUCUUCAUUGUUCUUCUUUUUGUGGUGCUGGCCUUAUUCACAGUUCCAAUAAUAGUCUACUAUAGAUCUACUUCAAACACAUUUGAGUCAGACAACAAUAACAACGGGAAUUUUAGUGAAGGAGGUACAAUCAGCAACAAUAAUGUAAGCCAGAACUGCACCAGACUAUCAUGGAGUCAGGAUAAUGAUGUCUCAGAAUGUCAUGAGUAUACUGGAACUGCUUGUAGAAACUUCUUACAUCAAUGGUUUCAAUGUACCAUUGGAGAAGAUGAAUUGAAUAUUGGAGUAAGUCAACAAGAACAAAAUCAACAUGAAGGGACAAUCGGAUCACUCAGUCUUUAUUUAGAGCAUUACAAGCAAUGUCAACAGCAAUCAUCAGCUUUUAUAUGUCAAUAUUUUUUUCCACUUGCUGAUUGCUCAACUGGAAAAUCUUACAAGGCAACCAAGGAAGACUGCCUCCUCAUAAGUACAGGUGUUUGUUCAGACGUGUGGGCACUAGCAAACAACUUUGGGUAUGGCUCACUCUUACCUGAUUGUUCUACACUACCAAAUGCUGCCAACGAUUCAUCUUCUGUCCCAAUUCCAAUUGAAGGCAUAAAUGAUACCAAUGGUACUGAUGGUAUAGUGUGCAGGGAAGAUUUUGUUAAAACAGAGUUUAUCUGUGAGCCAAUAUGUGACAGUUUUGAACAAACUUCUCAUUUAAACUCACAAAUACUGAUCUAUUCAGAAGUUGUUGCAACUGGUCUGGGCUUAAUUUUUUGUGUUGUUACAAUUAUUGUUGCUGUCAAGGAAUAUAAAACAUUGCUAGUAUAUCCUUCUGUGUUGGUAUUUUUUCAAGUCUUAGACAUGAUUGUAUUAGUUAUAGUACUAAUCAUAACUGCUAUUGAUCGGUAUGGAUUAUACUGUAGUUCAGUUAGUCUAUUGGAGACACUUGAAAACCCAACUCCUUUUUGUAAAUUUUCAGGAGUUGUAUUUCAUUACGCUAUUGUAAAUUUGGCACUGUGGUGGUUUUUUCAUGUAGCUAUAUUCUUUCACAAAGUAUUGUUUCCCUUCCAAGCAAAUAGAUUUGAAAAGCUUGGACGUAGCAAGUACAUAUUUGCAACUGUGACCGUUUUGUCUAUACUACUUCCAUUGCCAGCUGUUAUCAUUUGCCUUUCUGUUGACAAAUUCAAAUAUAAUAUUCAUCGUUUCCCAACAACUCUUUGCAUCAGCAAUGGUGCCAUGUGGUUCUAUUCUGUAACACUUCCAAUAGACAUUUUACUUGCUUUUGGUGUUAUGAUGCUAAUUAUAAUUCUUUGGACUAUCAGAAAAAAAACUAAUUUCUUGAAAAAGAAAAGUCGUACCCAGCUCAGCACUGCAGAGAAAAAAAUCCUCUUGGUUUUCACAUCUUUUAUUAUUUUUGGUGUUUUUAUUUUAGGGCAUGUAAGUGACACAACAGCAAAAGCUGGCAAGUUUCAAGCAGCUUUAAGAGAAUACUUUGAAUGCGAAGCAUUUGGUUAUGUUCCUGGAAAAUGUGAUAGAGGAACAUUUGAAGAGAGCCCUUACAUGAGUAUCAUUGUGUACAUGCUAAUGAGUUUGAUACCAUUGAGCAUUUUGAACUUCAUACUUAAGUGGAGCUCAGUUAAAAGCACUGGAAACAAAGCAGUAAAAUUGACAAAGAGGUAUUCAAGUUUCUUGUAUCGUGGAAAAAGUUCUUUCAUAACUUCCUCUGAAAGUGUUCCAGAUGAGACUUUGUCAAAGUCAGAAAAAAGUGCAGAGAUAAGUGAAAACACUGUGCAUAACUUGACUUUUAAUAGCUACUAAUAAUUUUGACCUUUAAUUUUUGUGUGCAAUAUGUAAAAUGUUGGAUUAAGCUAAACAAUAA